AUGGCCAUCCAGGUUCUCUUGAUUCCUCCGAUUCCUCCACUAAACAAAGACGAAACCAAGUCCCUCGGCCUGGCCCUACCAAUAGAGAUCGUCCGAGUAGAACCUAACGGGGUACCUCUCAUGAGCAGAAUGCUUGAGGCACGGGCCGAGAUAGCAGUUCGACCCACUUGCCAAAAAGUGAAGGAUAUCUUCGGGUUUGACACGGCCGAAGAGGAAAAGUUCUUUGAUGCGGUCGACGCCGGUACCGUCGAGGUUUCCCAGCUUCUCCCUUCGGAACCUGUGGCUUCGCAGAGCGAUGCCCAGCUUGUCAUCUCAGACGGUACAGAUAUCAGCGACUCAUUCAAAGGAUACGAGAACGGCAUAAGGACAGAAUAG